UUGUUUUAACUAUAUGACCCUCACCCCGGAAAUGCAUGAAAGAGUUGAUUUCUGUCCUCGGAUGUGGUGACUCUAUCAAAAUCAUGUCUGCUAACAGGAGAAUAACGCUCAUAUUUGGAGGCUUCAUUGCAGCGGUUGCGGUGGCUUUUUAUCCCAUAUUUUUCCACCCUCUCACUCACACUGAAGACUACAAGCAGAUCCAGAAGACAAAUCGAGCCGGAGUCAAUCAAGCAGAUGUGCAGCCUGCUGGUCUGAAGAUCUGGUCUGAUCCCUUCAAGCCAAAAUCAUGAUUCCCGUGUGUGGAUUAAAGUUGAGUGAAUGAACGUGAGCACUGAUGUGUCACUCACUGAGGAUGGAGUAUUUGAGAUCAACACUGCUACCAUGCAUUAAAUGAGAC